UGAGGAACACCCAGAACAAAACUCCUCCAGGCGGAAGUGAAAGUAAAAGCGUCGCUUCUGGGUCGGAACAUGGACGCGCGACAGCUUAACGCGGUCCUGCUGGACAUCUCAAACCAGCUGAGCUCUGACAAUCUGGACAAACUCAAGUUCCUGGUUCGGAACGAGAUCGGAAAACAAAAGCUGGAGAAGAUCACGACGGGACACGGACUGUUCGAGAUCCUGACGCAGAGACGCUUCCUGGAACCGGACAAGACCGAGUUUCUGUCCGACCUGCUCCAACAGAUCGGCCGACCAGACCUGUCGGACAGACUGACAGGCUCUGGGAGUCCGCCUGGACCCCCCGACGAUGGUCUGGACGAGACGGAGAGAGCUAAACUGAGCAUCGCUACAGAAGUGAUCGCAGAGAGUCUGGGCAAAAACUGGCGUAAACUGGGACGAAAACUACAAGUGAGUGACGUGAGGCUGGACUCCAUCUCCACAAGACAUUCUACAGACCUGGAGGAGACGGCAGUGGAGCUGCUGAAGGAGUGGAGGAGGAGUAAAGGAGCUGAGGCCAGAACAGAGGAGCUGAUCAGAGCCCUGAGGGACUGUCAGCUCAACCUGACCGCUGAUCGAGUGGAGGAAAAACUGACAGAUAAAUUAUAUCAAUAAUGUCCAGAAAAGAGCUGAGAUUGAUUAAAAUA